AUGGGCUAUGGGACGGGGUCUCCCUUCGUUUUUGUGCUCGCCCUGAGUAAUUUCUUCAAAGCAACAAAAGCUUGUGUGAGCAGUGAGGCCACUUCCCUUGGGCUUGGGCCGGCCUACGACCUUGUUUUGGGUCUCCUCUUGUUCUUGGGCUUUUUUUUAGCAGUGGGGCUACUAGUCCUUGGGCUUUACCCUGGCCAUAUAAGACUAUCCUUAGGUCUCUAUUUGUUCUUUGGUAUGUGUUUCACAGUGAGGCCACUAGUAUUUGGGCUUACCCGGCCCUAUGAGACUAUACUUGGGUCUCCACGUGUUCUUGGAUAUGUGUUUAGCAGUGAGGCCACUAGUCCCUGGGCAUGCCCCGGGCCAACCAGACUACUUUCAAUUGUCUUAGGGCUUUCCCCGAUCUUGGGUUUUUCAAGUGGGCUUGUGCUUAGCAGUGAGUCCACUAGUACUUGGGCUUACCCCUGCUCUAUGAGAUUCUACUUGGGUCUCCACUUGUUCUUGGGCUCACCUUGCUCACCGAGUCCACUUGUCUUAGGGGUCCUAUGGGCCAUGGGACUGGUUUGUGUCUCCCCUUGUUCUUGGGCUGGCCUUGGGGGUGACUCCACUUGUCCUCGGGCUCGAGCUGGGCCCGUGAACUGUUUUGGCCAUUUUUUUCUCAGAAUUUCUUCAAAGUAA